CAAACACCCCUUCAAGAAAAAAAUCCAUAGUCCUGCCACAUUCCGCCGUACACCUUGGCGCCUCGACCUAUAUGAUCCCUCGCCAAAUCCGAGGAUUCUCGCGACUUACCACAGUAUCCUGUACUCGGAAUGCAUCUGAGAGGGUAGUGGUCGCUAGAUUGCCCAAUGUGCGAUAUUCAUUCCCGCACGCUGCAUCAUCUCUGCCACGGGCUAUCUCCAAACAAACAAUCUCGGCUCAACCCCAAUUUGCAAAGUCAUAUACAACCAAAUCAAGUCCUCUGCAAGAACUAAAGGAGGCAACAAAUGAUGGUGAUAUACCACGGAUACAUACGGCCUACAGAGCUUUGGUAUCUGGAGCCAACCCACAGUCACUUGACAAAGAAGCGUUGAGGAAGCUUGUUUUAACCCUUCGAAAAGGCAAAAAACCCUCCGAUGUACAGCUGCUCCAGCGAAUUAUAGCAGAUAUGGAACCUGUUUUUAAUCUUCCAGUUUCUCAUUUCGAAUUGCAUGCUCUCAUAUACUGUUAUGGCGUGCAGAGAAAUCCAACAGCAGGUUAUAAAGUCCUCCAAGACAUGCAACGACGUGGACUAAUUCCAAAUAUUUAUACAUACAAUACAAUGAUGGGUGUAUACAAAGCAGUCAAGGAUUCUUCAAAAGCCAUGUCGUUACUCAGAGAGAUGCAACAGCAAGAAGUCGAACCAGACGUUAAUACGUACAACACCUUGAUUAGCCUACUUGCGUCGAAUUCAGAAUAUGACAAGGCUCGGUCCAUGUAUAAUGACAUGGAGCAACGUGGAAUCCAACCUAAUCAGUACACUUUUUCAACACUUUUGAAAAUUGCAGCAAGUACACACGACGAACGGUUGGGAAAUAAUGUACUCGAAUAUAUUUGUGACAAUGAAGCAAAAAGGAAUGAAACGGAUAUCACCACCUUCAACAGUAUGCUCCUGUUCCUCAGCGAUAUACCAAGUUCCUUUCAUAAGCUGUUCGAACUUUAUAGCACAGCGAGCUCGAGUUUCCCUCACCUUCAAUUCGAUCUCAUCACGUACAAUACAAUGUUGGAUGCUUGCUUAAAGCAAAACUUACCAUCUGAAGGCGUCAAAAUAAUGGACGACUUGUCGCAAGCUGGCCUGAAACCAGACGUGGUAACCUACGGUAUCAUGAUUGACGCACAGGCGAGAUCAAAUAACAUUGACGAGGCAAUGACGCUAUACCGCGAAAUGUCUGAGCGAGGCAUACGAGCCAAUGAGAGAGUACUUUCCAGCUUAGUCAACGCAGCGGCGAAAGGUGACGAACGACAAAUUGCGGAUGUGGUGAAUACUAUUGAGACCACCUCAUAUCGAGAAAGCAUUCGACCUGAUCGGCUUGCUUUCAAUGCUUUAUUAAAUGCUUUGACUCUCAAAGGAAAAGCAAAGGAAGCUCAGCAUUUGUUUGAUACGGUGUUCCAUGAAAAGAAUGCUUCCCGAUUUCACCAUCCUGACACAGCUACAUACACAAGUCUGAUCACCGCUUACACGAAAAGCGGCGAUCUCGACACGGCAUUGGAUAUCUAUUAUGCUGUAAAAGAGAAGCAUGUUCCUGCCAGACGUCGUAAGGCUGAUUCAUCGAAUACCAUAACUCUGGACACGCAAUUCUUUACGGCUCUGAUCACCUCCUUCACGCAAACGGCUACAAAUGCCGUGUCCACUGACAGCGAAAACGACAACCAGUUAUCAUACGCUCCAUCUUAUAUUUACUCGGUUGAGGAGGACGAUGAUAGAAGACACUUUAUAGAUGGAGACGAUCAUGGCUCUGCAGCAUUAGCGACAGCAUUGGCGUUGUUUACAGAUAUGAGACAGUUACAAAUACGACCUAAUGCACAUACUUAUACGACUCUUUUGAACGCGGCAGCCAAACAUCAAGAUGAUCUUGCAUUAGAACAAAUUCACAAGCUUAUCAAAAUGGAUUUGUAUCUCGAUCCAGAUAUCGCCAUCUAUAACGGAUUGAUGAAUGCUUAUAAUCGAAUUGGACAAGGCCACGAGGUUGUUCAAAUCUGGGACACGCUGAGUCUCUCGUCGACUCCUACACAAGACAAGAACAUCGACCAAGCGUCGGUGUCUAUUGUACUGGAUAGUUGUGCGCACAAUGGGUACGGCUACAAGGCGCAACAGAUAUGGGAUAGUCUGAAACGCUACCAGUUCCCGCUCAAUACCAACAACUAUAAUUCCUACAUUGAGGCAUUGUGUCGAAUGAAAGGCGAAGAGGGUUGGGAACAAGCAUAUGCUAUUGCUCAAAAGGAAAUGAUACCGCAAACCAGCCAACGCUCUGAUUCGGGUAUUCCGAUCGAUACCAAAACCGUCAAUACGUUGAUCAGCUUUGCUCGGAAAAAGGGGUUCUCCGAAGAACGGAUUCAACAAGUCAUAGAGUGGGGUCAAUCUGCACUUUUGGAGAACCAGUAAUUAUAAUAAAAGCAUUGUGAAAUAGAGUGAAAUUCUAAGAAAAACAGAAUUAACCAGCUUUGGGCAGAAGUGGGUAUGUUUUAAUUACAUGAUUGUACAAUAUUAUAAUAGUUGGCCACCUAAACCGCCAGCCAUGCCUUCGCCAUUGUCGUUCAUUCCCAUGGGGUUUGCAAAGUUGGGAGUUUCAUGAUCAUGACGACAUUCCUCC